AAGAUCCCUAUACUCCGUACGAGUCUGAAAAGGUUCUACAGAAAAAUGCUAUUAGUACGAUAAAAAGUAGUGGUCUUAGUGUCGUUUCCUUCUCUCUUUUUUGCCUGUAAGCCCAAAUAAUGCCAUUGACCUUUUUACUCGUUUCUCCAGCGUAUACUAUGCACUCAAAUCCCCAUUAAACUCUCCGCAUUAAUAAUUCUCAUUUUUCUCGUGUUUCUCUUUAACAUUUAUUAUCUCACCAAACAACUUCAUUGCUGGUGGUGUAUACAGAAAACAGUGAAUGCCAGCGAAAGAGUUGAGUUCUUCAGUACGAGUCGAACGAUCGUCGGAACUGGUAGUUGACUUAUAGAACGUCUGCUAACGAACAAAAAAGUAUCGAGUUGUUGUAUAACACACAGUAUAAUUUGACCGUAUUUUUUUCGUAUUAAAAGAGAAGAACAAAAAAAAAUUCAUAAAAAGAAACAGUUGUGUCCAAUGAAUAACGUCAAAUAUAAUGUUCUACCAUCAGUGGCCGUAUAUAUAUCGUGACUAAGAAUAGUUUCUCAAAGGAUAAAAUUCUGAGAUUUACGGCAAAUGUGCCACAAUGAUAAAUUUACAUUUUUUUAUUUCGAUUUUCGUUGGUCUUGUAACCAUCGUCGAUUUCACAGUGUCUCAGUGCAACUGGGAAUAUAACCAGAAAUCGGUAAUAUGCCACUUAAAGGCGUUAGAUAGUGUCGGUUUAGAUUUACAUGGUGCCAAUGAGGCCCAUCAAUUAACUGUGCAAUGUAGUGAUCGAUUUUUGUAUGAAAGUGAAUUGCCGAAAGGGGUUUUUUCAAGUGUACCGAACAGUUUGAAAGAACUUACAAUCGAUUCAUGUAAAUUACAAAAAAUAGGCAGCGAUGCGCUUACCGGAUUAGGUGCAAUAAAAAAAUUUACGGUGAACACGAAAAAUUCGAAUUGGGGACUGACAAAGACGUUGGAACUGUCGAAAACAAGUUUUAAAUCUCUUAAAGACAUUGAAAUAUUAAAUCUUGCCGACAAUAACAUUCGAAGUAUUCCAGACAGUGCAUUUUGUGAUUUGAAUACGCUGCAAGUGUUGAAUUUAACGAAAAAUAAAAUUCGAUCGACAGAGAGCAUCGGUAUAUCGUUACAGCCGUGCUCUGGCGAAGGUGACUUGAAGAUUUUGGAUUUUAGCUAUAACGAACUGUUAUCGAUACCGGAAGGAUGGGGCGUAUCGAAAUUGCGUCGAUUGCAACAGUUACACUUAGAAAACAACAAUAUCACCGAUAUAUCGGGCGAGGCGCUAUCCGGACUAGUUUCGUUGCGAAUAUUCAACAUUAGUCACAACAAUUUAGAAGUCAUACCAAACGGACUGUUCGCGGGUGUUCGGGAUAUACAGGAAAUACAUUUACAGCACAAUAAAUUGUACGAGAUACCGAAAGGGCUCUUUCAUCGCUUAGAACAACUUUUGAUAUUAGAUUUGAGUGGAAAUCAGAUAUCAAGUCAUCACAUCGACAACACCACUUUCUCCGGUUUAAUACGUUUGAUUGUUCUGAAUAUGGCUCACAAUGCACUCACCCGAAUCGAUUCGAAAACGUUUCGUGAUUUAUACUUUCUGCAAAUACUUGAUUUACGCAACAAUUCGAUCGGAUACAUUGAUGACAACACUUUUCUACCUUUGUACAACCUGCACACACUUAACCUAGCAGAAAAUCGAAUGCAUACCAUUAACGAUGAAUUGUUCAACGGAUUGUUCGUAUUGUCAAAGCUUACCCUCAACAACAAUCUAAUUAGUUCUAUCGAACCGAAUGCAUUCAAGAAUUGUUCAGACUUGAAGGAACUGGAUUUAAGUACAAAUCAACUGGAAGAUGUGCCGCGAGCGAUACAAAACUUAUCAAUGCUGAGAACAUUGGAUUUGGGUGAAAAUCAAAUCAGUGAAAUUGCUGUAGAUUCGUUCCGGAGUUUGUCGCAACUAACUGGAUUGCGAUUGAUUGAUAAUCAAAUUGGAAAUAUAACCAAGGAUAUGUUCGUCAAUUUGCCACGGUUGAGCGUUCUAAAUUUGGCUAAAAAUCGUAUUCAGAGUGUCGAGAGAGGGUCGUUCGAUAAGAAUCCAGAGAUUGAAGCAUUGCGAUUGGACAAAAACUUUAUAUCGGACAUUAACGGUGUCUUUGCAACACUGACAUCAUUGUUGUGGCUGAACUUAGGUGAAAAUCACAUGGAAUGGUUUGACUUUGCAUUCAUUCCGAGCAAUUUAAAGUGGUUGGAUUUGCAUGGUAACUUCAUUCAAGAUCUGGGCAACUACUACAAGUUACAAGAGGAAAUCAAUUUGAAAACGUUGGACGCUAGUCAUAAUCGAAUCACGGAAAUUGGCCCAAUGUCCGUGCCGAACAGUGUGGAGCUACUGUUUGUGAACAACAAUUUCAUUGCCACAGUCCAGCCAAAUACUUUCAUCGAUAAGACGAAUUUGACUCGCGUCGACUUAUAUUCGAAUGCUUUGUCUAAGAUACAUCUUCACACACUUCGCAUUGCGCCGAUACCCGAAACGAAAUCACUACCGGAUUUUUAUCUGGGUGGCAAUCCGUUUGAAUGUGACUGUUCGAUGGACUGGUUGCAAUCGAUAAACAAUCUUACCGGUCGUCAGCAUCCGCUUAUUAAGGAUGUCAGUAACAUUGAGUGCAUCAUGCCCCAUUCCCGAGGAUCACCAGUGCGACCACUUUCCACAAUGACUUCACAUGAUUUUCUGUGCGACUAUGAGUCCCAUUGCUUUGCACUGUGUCAUUGUUGUGAUUUCGACGCAUGUGACUGUGAAAUGACCUGUCCCACAAAUUGCACUUGUCAUCGUGAUCAGACAUGGACGACGAAUGUGGUUGACUGUGGUGGACAAAACGCUUCUUCGCUACCGAAAAAACUGCCAAUGGACACCACUGUUCUGUAUCUGGAUGGUAACAUCAUAAAAGAGCUUCAGAGCAACGCUUUCAUCGGACGUAAAAAUUUGAAAAGUCUUUUUGUGAACAAUAGCGGUGUGGCUCGCAUACAAAAGCGUACAUUCGUCGGCCUGCACACAAUUGAAAUAAUUCAUUUGGAGAAUAAUCAACUCAAACAGUUGCUGGGACAUGAAUUCAAUAAUUUGCUGCUGCUGAAAGAGUUGCAUUUACAAAACAAUCAGCUGGAAUCGAUAGGAAACGAAACGUUUUUUACGCUAAAAUCAUUGCAAUUACUACGAAUCGAUGGAAAUCGUCUAUCCAUGCUGUCUAUGCGUCAAUUGCAGCCGCAUUUUGAGAAUUUGAAAUCGUUGUCGAUCGGUAGAAAUUCGUGGACGUGUAGGUGUACGUUUCUCCGUGAAUUAACCACCUUUGUCGCUGACAAUUCCAUGAUAAUUGAAGACUCGCAAGAUAUAUACUGUAUCGAUGGUGCCGUUAAACAUGAAUUGGAUUUAAAUUCAACAUCGGAUUGCAGCGGUUUUUACGAAGGACGUUCCGUACUGUUGCCAGAGCUUACCAUCAACGAACACAUACCGUUGUUGGUGGCCGCAUUUCUCUUUAUAUUGAUUUUCAUUACUUUCAUUAUGGCAAUUGUUUUCCGAGAAUCGUUGCGUGUAUGGUUGUUUGCCAAAUGCGGAGUACGAAUUUGCGAAAGUCCAUGUGAAGACUAUGAGAAAUUGUACGAUGCGGUGCUAUUGUAUUCGGAAAAAGAUUACGAACUGGUGACAAGAGAAAUUGCAGCUGAGCUGGAAAUAAGACCGCCACCAUUACGAUUAUGUUUACAGCAUAGAGACUUGUCGCACGAUGCAACCUAUUUACAAAUAUUAGAAUCAGCACGGGCAUCGAAAAGGGUUGUGGUGCUGUUGUCCAGAAAUUUUAUUCAGACCGAAUGGAGCCGAUACGAAGUUAGAAAUGCGGUGCACGAGUCACUCAAAGAUCGUCCGCAGAAAUUAGUCAUUUUAGAGGAGAACGAUGCGAUCGCCGAGGCUGAAAACGACCUGGAAAUGCUACCGUACAUCCGGUCUCGUGUCGUCAAUACCAUCAAACUGUCCGACAAACAUUUCUGGGAGAAACUGCGAUACGCUCUACCCGCCGAACUCCAGCAAACGUGCAACAAUUAUACGCUUCAUCAUCACGACCGAUUACCGAAAACAUCAAACAACGAAGCGAUGUGCAUGCAACAGGCACCACCAUCGUACUACCAAGAAAAUGAUGAUGCAAACUAUUCGUCGGCCACCACAGCUACACCAAGUCCACGACAGAGUCGCCGGAGUGGCUGUACAGGUGGUGCGACCAGUAGCAGUAGCACGAAUGCUCAAUCUGACCAGCAACACCUCUCGCAAAAUCAUCAUCGACCACCGUCAGAACACAUCUACUUUAGCAUUGAAUCAGACUACAAUGGUGGUAUGGCAGGUGAGGCAACACCAAAUGUACAUCGACCUCAAUCGUGGCGAAUCCAUUCUCAUAAUAACAAAAACAAUAGUGCACAAUCGCCAUAUAUGGUGUAAAUCGGAUAUGUUUUCUAUGUGUAAUAAUUGUGUUGUGCUAGGCAAAAAGGUAUAUAUACGAAAUUUUGCGACCGUAUAAAAAGACAAUAGAGACUGAAUAAAUGAAUUGAUUAAGCGCAUGAUGAAGCGGAAUUACUCUGAUCGAAUAUGUAAAAUAAAUUUUUGGUUUUUUUUCUGCCGAUUUUUUUCUACUUGUAGAUUUAUUUAAUUCUAAUUAUGAACUGUGAUAUAGUGGAUAAUAGGCCGUAAUGAAAUGAAAUUCGAAAUUCGAAAAACAUAGUUUUUGUGAUAAAUAAAGAAUUGGCUUAUGCAAAUAAA